AGUUUAUAGAUGUACAGUUUUGGGUUGAACAAUUAAUAUAUGGCAAUAUAAUGUACAAAACAUAUCAAAAUACAAUGUAAUUAAAUUUAUUUAUUUUAUUGGCGUUUUAUUUUCACCUAGACUGACCAAUCAAGUUGGUAUACAAUGGUUUUGAGAUGCAAUACCAUUUCCAUCAGUGUCCAUGUGUGUGAGUCAUGUUGUGUCAGAGUACUAUAGUUGCCAUGGCUGGCUGAGGUGAAGAGCAUGUCAGAAGGCAGGUUUAGGCUGUACCCUGCACAUGUACCAUGCAUCCUGAAUAAAGGUCCUGAGGAACCAGGCAUGUACAUGUACACUGUGUAAACCUGGGUAUUUAUAGAUCUAUAAGCUUGAGGGUGGAAGUUGUCCAAAUCUUGGCUGUUCUCUCUAUAACAAACACAUGGAUUGUGGAAGCCGAGUGCACAUGCUUGGUGGGUAUGUGUGUGUGUAGAGAAGUGGACUGCCCACACUUCUGAAGACAACAUGCACCCCAACACAUUAUACACCCCACUGUCUAUACCCCCAUCUACAAGUACACAUUGUGGGUAAUGCAGGGUAUAAGGCUGACUGACAGGGGCCUGGCCAAUGCUGCUCCAUCUCUUAAUGUUACAUGUACAUUUAUACCCAUAGCUUCUUACUUAAAGCUCAAUCUUAUCAGGGAUAUGCAUGUGCUACCUUGGUGGUAAGCCUGUAGAUUGCCUUCUCUACCAUUAAUUAGCCUCAGACCCUCAGCCAACUGUGCUACCCCGCAACAGAUACCCCUUACCACUCCACAGAGGCAUCACUUACACAGGGACAGGAUGACUACCCCAUUGUCUGUUACUUUGGACAAACUACCUGACAAGGUACUUUUGCGAGUCUUCUCCUUCCUGCGACAGAAAGAAUUAGGAAAGAUAGCAAGGGUGUGCAGAAAGUUUCGUGUAAUAGCAUAUGACAGUCGGCUAUGGAAGUCUGUGUCUCUGAGGCCGGACUAUUCUGGUCUUCACAUAAACAGUAUGGAGGCUUUGUUAGCCCUGAUCGGGAUUCGCUUCGGGCCGACCCUGAGCUACAUGGAGCUUCCCAGUGAACUCAUCACCCCUCAGGUGCUACACGAGCUGUCCAACAAGUGCCCUAACCUCAAAUAUCUUACUCUGGACUUCUCCAGUGCUAUGCAGCUCCAUGACUUCAAUGAGUUGAACGCUUUUCCGUGCAAUCUACGUAGUCUGUGUAUUUGUCUGUCAGAGGUGAUAUUCCUGGAAGGUUUUAUGAGGCGUAUUUACAGCUGUCUGUCCUCGUUAGAAGUUUUACAUCUCAUAGGCACAUUUGAGGUAUCUAACAGUGAAGAAGAGGAGACAUAUGAAGUGAUCAACAUUAGUAAGAUUAAGGCACACACCCCUAACCUGCGAGUGGUCAAUCUGUAUGGUAUAAGCUUCCUGGAUGACACCCACGUGGAGAUGCUGUCAUCCAACUGUAUCCACCUGGAGGCACUGGCCUUGAACUUCUGUCUGAGGGUCAAGGGAUCAUCCUUCAAGAUCCUCAUCUCCAAGUGUAAGAAACUACGCACCCUUCUUCUUCAGCAUGCAGGCCUGGAGGAUCAGUACAUGCAGCGUGUACCCUGGGAGAACUCUCACGUGUCUGAGUUAGACCUCACUUCCACGGAGCUAUCCACAGAGUGCCUGAUGGACGUCCUCCCCAGGAUGCCAGGAUUCACCUUCCUGGGGCUGGGCCACUGCGAGUUCUUCAAUGACAUGAUUCUGGAGAAGAUGGUGGAAAAGGGAAAGCUGAACAAGUUAAUGGCUCUGGAUAUAAGUAACACUCCAGCGCUAUCUGAGAGUGCCAUUUACAACUUCCUGAGAGCCAAUGGGAAAGGCCUGCGUGGACUGAUGCUGGCCGGAAAGCCAAAACUCACAGAAAAUUUCUGGCUGGAUGUUAUCCCUAAACUGAAACAAAUCAAGAUCUGUGUCCUGGGUACUGCAGACGGCUGGUUCCUGAGGAUUAACACACGUGUCCAUAUUGACCAGAUUGUGGAGUGCUUUGCCCAGCAUUGCCCUCAGCUGGAGAGACUUGAGAUCCAGUGGGACCCUGACACCAUCCGAUUUAGUGACAAGAGUAACAAGUUUGUGGAUCACAUUAGACUGCGGUGCCCUCAGCUGAAAUCCUUCACUCUGAGUGAUGGGGAGUAUUACGAGAUGGUCAAGUCUAACUUUGAGCGGGCUGACCGCAUGAAGGUGGUCCGCACGACAACAUUCUACUCCACCAGCUGCGUCACUCUACUACACUGUUAUAAAGAUCUCCUCUUUAAUUAAAUCAGGACAAUUAUGUGAAAUUAUCACGUACAUAAUUUUCCGUAUGUGUAGAUUAGUGUUA